AUGGACGAACAAGUUGCCUACAAAUUUACUGCCAAAGAUGGAAAAAUUUUCACUCUUUCAAAAAACUCCGCACAACAAUCAUCAGUCAUCAUGAAAGCAAUUGAGAGUUUCUCUCUUAAAGACGACGAAUCAAUCAAAAACAUGGAGCCGAUUCCCCUGCUUACAAUUGACAGUCACACAUUUGAAAUGUUGAAGAGCUGGCUCGAGUUUCAUGAAAAUGCAGCCGAAUAUGAGGAAGGUCCCUCUUACUGGCUGUCUGAGAAUUAUGAUGAAGACUUGGACGAAUGGGAGGUCAAUUUCAUUACCGAUCUUAGCAAUGAUGAACUUUUUGAUAUGAUUAUGGCUGCCGACUAUUUGGACAUCAAAUCUCUUACGCAUAAAUGUGCCGAGGGAUUCGCUAAGCUCAUUGAGUUCAAAUCAGCCAAAGAAAUUUCUAAGAGAUGGAGAAUUACCAUGGAUUUCUCGUCUGAUGAAGCUGAGGAGAUGAAGACUGAAGAUCCAUGGGAGGUCGUUAUGAAGCCACACAAGGAGGUCAAGAAAAGGAAGAAACCUACCAAAGGCCCUGGUCCAUCACGACCCCAAAAACGACGUUAUGGUGCUUCU